CCACGGUCUCAACGUGUUCACUGUAGGUAGCUACUGCUUCCGAGGCAUAGGUGCCCAGAUAGAGUUUACUUCUGCUGCUCCUGACGUCUACAGUUGCGACACGACAAACCAGCAAUCUCUCAUAGUAACAAAGUAUUUCAUCUAUGGAGCCGAUUACUCGGAUUUUACAUGGUGAACCAUCAUGAGUCCCCGCAAGCGUGCAAAACCGAAUCCCUCUGUCAAAGAGAAUAGUGAUGUUAGCUUGCCUGCAACUUUGCGAUCACAAGCCAGCACCAGUGUUGCGUCACAGGCAUCCGCAGCUCCAGGCCAUUCUAUGCAAUCCGCGAAGGGAGAUGGAUCGAAUGCAUCUGCAUCUACAUCCACAAAAUCCGAUGACAUAAAGCAGGUACGCAAGUCCCGGAGCUGGUAUGGUUCUUGGCCACGAGUGCCUAAGUCGUCUGCUUCGACCCAAGUCUCACAUCAGAAUAUCAUGGGCGGAACUCUACGCCCCCGUGCAUCUCCCGACUUCAGCCGUUUUGAGUCUAAGAAGGACAAUGAUAACAGCGAGUCCGAUAGCCAAUCCAUCAGAACCCUGCCUAAGAUCUCCGAAAUAGGCACGCAAUCCAAACAAGAUGAUACCAAAUCCGUGAAACCACAGGAAACAAACGACGUUGGUAGUUCUGAUGUGAAUAGUGCAAACGAUGCUCCAAAAGAUCUACCAAAAGACCAAGAGGGUCCGGACGCGACUACAAACAGCAGCAUUAGUAAACCCCCGGUAGAACCAACGCAACAACCUCUGAACUCUUCUGGCUGGCUGGGAGGAUGGUUUAGUAGGCCAUCAGUUUCGGAGGUAACUACAUCGAAGGAUGAUAACAUGGAUGUCGAUCUGCCUAAAGAAUCUGAAAGUGUAGGGCCCGAAAGUGCGCAGGUUAAUAACACUCCUCAACAGCCCUCCGAGCCUAGCCAAGGGUCUGUUGAACCGCCUCAACCCGCUAAACCUACAAGUUCAUGGUUUGGAUAUUGGUAUUCGACGACGCCUACGCUACCAAAGGAUCCUGCACAAACGACAACAGAAACUGGUCCGGCUCAGAAGUCUACCUCGGAGGAGACACCGGAUGUGGUGAUGGAAGAUGCUUCGCCUUCAAAACCGACGGAACCAAGUCAGCCACUUACUAGUUCAACAUGGGCUUUUUGGUCAAGGGAUACCAGCCAGAAGAAUGACACGAAAAAGGCAGCUGCGCCGGAGGCUGGCGAGUUGGCUGUCAUCGGUGAUGGCUCAGAAGCGAACCCACGACAGUCGACUAGUCUUGAGGUUAACGGAAAUGCUAUGCCUGCGAAGGAACCUUCGAUUAAGGGAUCGAAGGUUCCAAAAGAAGCACCGCUUCGGGUAGAGUCGAUCAGGAGAAGCAAGAGGGGACGACCUCAAUCUUUGGAUAUCGAUGAGUCGUUAUCAAGGCCAGGCACGCCUCAGUCAGACAUCUCUACGAAGACUGCUCCAGCAAAACCGGUUACGCCAAGUUCAAGCAAGUCCUCUACACAGAAUUUGCUUUUACCGUCUUUCCGUAAUACAUAUCAUAUGAAGAAUAACCCCUCAAUCAUCAAGCAAAUUACACAAUUACUACUGCGGACACAGCAACCCCCUGCGAACCAUGUAUUCCUUGUCAAAGAGCCGCCAAAAAUCAAGAAAGCUGUCGCUAUUGGUAUACAUGGUCUUUUUCCUGCUUCGUUCCUUCGGCCAAUGAUUGGGCAGCCGACAGGCACCUCGAUUCGAUUUGCAAACCAUUGUGCUGAGGCUAUACGGAGAUGGACAGACAGUCAUGGUUGCGGCGGGUGCGAGAUCGAAAAGAUCGCUCUGGAAGGAGAGGGCAAGAUCGCAGAAAGGGUCGACAACCUUUGGAAACUCCUUUUAAACUGGAUAGAACAUAUCCGCAGCGCCGAUCUUAUCGUUCUAGCCUGCCAUUCUCAAGGCGUCCCUGUUGGCCUGAUGCUUCUUGAAAAGCUGAUCGAUUUGGGCAUCAUAACUCGAUCUAAGAUUGGCGUAUGCGCUAUGGCCGGGGUUUCGCUUGGACCUUUCCCCGACUAUAAAUCCGGCAUGGGUAUGCUGAUGGGUUCUGCCGCCGAGCUAUGGCAGUUUGCCGAUCCCGAGAGCGAAAUAUCAAAAAGAUACCGGCAUGCCCUUGAGGCUGUUGUGUCUUAUGGUGCUCGUCUUACUUACAUUGGCAGUAUCGACGAUCAACUAGUUCCUAUGGAGUCAGCGAUCUAUACGCCUGCUUCACAUCCUUACAUUUAUCGCGCCGUGUUCAUAGAUGGGCGCAUUCAUGCCCCUGACUUCAUCGCUCAUCUGGUCGGGUUUGCUUUGAAAUUACGAAACCUAGGGAUAUCUGACCACGGGCUCAUUCGUGAGCUUUCAAUCCCACUUGCCGGCAGUCUCUACUCUGGAGAGGGUCAUUCAAGGCUUUACGACGACGAGCAAGUUUACGAUCUUGCGAUAUCUCAUGCCCUGGAGACAACUGACGUGCCUAGUGUACCUUGUCGGAUUCAGAAGCCAGAAAAGCUAGUGAAUCCCAACCCCUUUUUAUUACCUUGGAUUAUGCGUGGGUUGCUAGAAGAAGAAUUCGUCAAGACAGAACUAUACUCAGAGACGACCGAGUUGCUGAAGCAAUUUGAUGAUUGGUCGCCUAGUAACAAGGCGCUUAAAGACGUCAAAUAUAGACUAGAGGCGGUUCGGUCAAAACUUUAGCAUUUGUGAUGCUUAUUACUACUAAGUCGUUUAGAUGAGAACGGAGUGGGUAGUUUGCAUUUGCUUUUAGGAGUUGGGACCUGUCAUUGAAAGCAUGCGAGGAGUUACACGGUAUGGGUUUAUGUAAUACACGACGGGUAUCCUCCUGGGAAUUAAGAGGGAUUGGCCAGAAUGUAUAAUUAUGUGAGUUGGCGUACAGUUAUACGCUCACACAGCAAAGUUGAUUCUGCUUCUCUUGAGAAUUGACCGAGUUGACUUUUAUGAGGCUGAGGGGGGUCAAGCUGAAAUGAGAGAGCUUGUAACAUAUUGGGAUGGACAGCUCCACUGAUCGAAUCGAGGCGCGGAAACUGCGGGACGGGAGUAACCGAAGUUUGCUCAUUUUAUAUCAUACUGCUUCUUCAUAACGGUGUAAUCAAUAAAACUUAGAUACACAUGCUACCUACAUAGUACUAGAUUGUAAAACUGUUGAGUGUAGAAAUUUCGAGUUCGAGACUACCAGGGAAGGUACUUGUAAGGAUUUUAUGAAGCUUAAUUGUUUGGCAGUUACCAGGGUACUUCAAGGGUUCUAUCACUGCGCCUUCUAAAUGAGGGUCAGGGAGGUACCUAUCUAGGCAGCCAGGGCAGCUAGGGAGGGAAAGAG